AUGCCGGCAAAAAAUAAAACUUUUAAAUUUGAAUCGUUCUCUAGCCAAAUAUGUAAAAUUAAGGUCGACAUAUUGAAUCAACCUAGAAAUGUGACAGAGCUUGAUGAAUAUGAUUCUUAUUUCACAGAAAGUCUGGAAAAUUGGGUCGAAUUAAAUUGCACCUUCCAUUUUACAAACUUUUACUAUGAAGUAAGAAAUUAUUCUUCUAGCUUUGUACAUAUAGUUCAUCAUCAGAAAACAAUUAUUCAAAUUUUAAUCAAGCAUUUGUCAGUUGAAGGGUCAAUGGCACUUGAACCAUUAUUAGACUUAUUGAUACAAUUAGCACGUGAUUUGCAAACGGAUUUUUACCCAUAUUUUUACAUAUUUUUUGAUGUCAUGGUAAAGUUAUUAAAAUCUCAGCUGCAUUACAAUGCAGGAAUAUGUGUUGACCAUUUGAAAUUUUUAUUUUCCACCUUAUCCUACCUUAUUAAAUACCUUUGGCGAUAUUUAGUCAAAGACAUUAUAGAAUUAUAUAAUUAUUACAUAUUACUUUUUGACAAAGAUCAAAAUGUUAAUAUCACUCGAUUUGCAGCCGAAAGCUUCACAUAUUUGGCAAGAAAGGUAAAGUUUCCCAGAGAAUUAAUAAAUCAUAUGCAUAACAAGGCAUUUGAAAAUGAAAAGAAUCUGCAUCAAGGGACAGCAAUGAUUAUUUCUGAAACUAUUAAAGGAGUUAAUGGAGAUAUACAUACUAAAGGCCUACAGUUUAUCAAAGUGUUGUUAGAAACUUUAAAUGCACCUGAGGAUAAAGUUGAAAAACAGGGAUGUGUAUUUGACAUUGUAUAUGCCACUUUUGAUAACCUCAAGUCUUAUUUAACCCGCAACAAUUUCCAUCAUCUAGCAACAAUAUUUCUGGAACACCUUAGAUUAUCGUUUAUAAGAUCUCUAUCGUCCUUCACUUUUGAGAAUUCCAUGGAAUCUGCUAAAUUAGGAGAAUAUUUCGAACGUUUGCAAAGAUUUCUGAAGAUUAUUUUGAACUUUGUGGCCUACAAAAACGGAUAUUUCACGUCCUUUGACCCAUCCAUAUUCAACAUCGUAUUAGAACUUAACGCAUUAGCAUUAAACGUACACUCCUACGGUUUGCACGAAUUUCCUACCCAUUUUACAGACAUUUUAUUAAAAAUAAACACUGAAUUUUUGCUGAACUACUGGGACAAAAUGGAUGUCAUGCAACGUCGAAAUUGGAUAGGAAAGCUAUUUGAUAUGUUCGAGGAACUAGACGACAAAUCGAAGCCUUAUUUGCUAUUGGAUUUAGUCUGUGCGCUUAAAGAUUGUUCCAUUUUUAUCGAGGAAAUACUUGUUCGACACAUGACAUAUCUGGAAGGUCGAUUCCUUCAUAACCAUCAAUUUGGCUUUACCGCCAUUUUAGACCUUUCUGUCAGGAUACUUCCUGAGUUGUUUGGGCUCACAAAUUUACGGACAUUCAGUUUUUCAUCAUCUUCUUUCCGACCCUGCUUGGAUUCGAUACUAAAGAAACCUACUCCAAAUAUAGAUAAAUUUAUCCUUAGUUUACUUGUCAAAAAUUGCCGUCACUCGAAAGUUGAGGACUUUUCACCUCAAAUCUUUGAGGAUUGUCUUGGACUAUUUUUGGCGCUUCUAUGGAUGACUCAUAUCAAAUCUUUAGCAGACGAUGCCUCACUCCAAAAUAUGAGAGCCGUUUUAGGGAAUUUGAUCUCUGCCAGGGCGGAUACAAAAUUCAACAAUGCCACACUUUUUAAAAAUUUACUCAAUCUUACCAUUAUGUACAUGUUUUAUCUGGACGCACGACAUAACGCUGGCUCUUCAUUUUUCACCAUUAACCCGUCUACCUUUAUUGUUUUUCAACAUACUUUGAAAAAAGACCAAGAAGAUAUCAAACUUUUGUCCAUCUUACUCAUGCACCUUAAACCGGAAACCGAUUCGCACGUUAUUUCCUUGGACAAAGAAUUAUUUGCUCUUUUGUCGGGGUCCAAUUUAACCAGUCAUGAUUCACAAGUUCGAAAUAUAUCUUUAGAAAUAAUACGUGCUCUCGGAUUUAAGGCUUUCAUCAAGGUAAGCAAUCAAGAAGAGGCUAUCAAUGACCCCAGCAUUAUUUCACCUAAAAUGAUCCUCGCCUAUCAAGCCAUUUUCGAGGAUUGUUACAGAUUUGGGGCGAUUGAAUCUGACCUCCAGAACUUUAGAGAAAAAUUAAUUUACCUUUCUCGUCUUAACGCCGAAGCAUUGAUCAAAAAUUCUGAAAACGGAGAGCUAAUUAAAAUGGCACCAAGGAUCUUACAAUCCGUCUUUUCAUUCCUACUUGGUUCCCUCAAGACUGAAAAGAUGGCUCCCGUCAUAAAACAGCUCCAAUCGACCCUUGCCUCAUUCCUAAAUCGGCAUACGAAUAAAACGGCCCCAUUGAACAACAUAACCAAAACAUUCUGGAAGAUUCUCCUCGAUCAGCUCAAUCCCUCCUGCCAGAAAGUGGAUUUCCAUCUUGAUCAAUCCGUUUCUAAUACGAAUAUUUGUAUAUCAGCCGAUAUCGCUGACGAUAUGAACUCUGCGAAUCAUCGGAUAUCUGUGCUAAGAACCUCUUUUCAUGAGCUCUACUUAAAGCUGGCUGAUCCAGCCCCAAUGGCAAUUGAUGGUAGGAUUAGGAUAAAAUUGCUGGAAAUUUUAAACUCAGGAGUUGAACCCGACUCAUUGAUCUCCCAUAACCGGGAGAUUGUUAGCAACUUCUUGCUUUUUUACCAAACCGAAUUCAGGGGCAGAGUGAUACUCUUAUCGAACGAUCAAUCCGAAUUCUCAGAUUCUCUUUCCGUUUCAUUAAAUACCAGACAUGCUUCGGCCACUAUUAAGACGUUGAGGCAUUAUCUGAACAUAUUUCAAGCAUUCAAAAACCCCAAGGGACUUUAUAAGUACCAAGAAAUGAAAAAUAUAUUCGAAACGUUAUUGACUCAUUCUAAUAGCGAAAUCCAGGGGCAAGCCUUGUCAUGUUUAGAGACUUUGAAAUUACCAUACCUCCUGCCUUACAAAGAAAAUCUAGAGAGGCUUAUUAACGACAUCUCUUUCAAGUCAGAACUCGUUCUUUUCAACACGAAUAAAGAGUCUCACGUCAUACAAACCAUUCAUAGGAAAGAUGUCAUGCGUUUUAUUAUGAGACUAUUGUUCGGUAAAAUGCAAGUUAAAAUGACUAAAGCCAAGGCUAAGGUCAUGACUGGUCUCCGACGUUCGAUAAUUCGUUUCCUUAUGAAUUGCGAAAACGAAGAGAUAGACUACUUUUUGAAUCUGGCAUUGCAUCCACUCUUUCACGGUAUGAUCGUGGACGCACAGACUGUUUUGGAUGCUCUUUCAGCUGAAAUGAAUCCUAAAUUCGAUAUCAGACGCUUACAAGGCCUACUAGGCUUUAUCAGCAACUGCUUGGCUCAGAUGGGUUCUCGUCUCUCUUUCAAGGCCUCCUACAUGUUCAAAAUUAUAAUGUACAUCUCCGCACUUGUCAAAGGGAUGAAAGCUAUUGAUCAUCAUUCUACCGAAGCGCAUUACAAAAUUGUAAAGAAGGAGUGUUUUGGCGUUGUUUACAAGUAUUUUACCGCCUUCAACGACACGUAUACACUGGACACUGCUGAAGAAGAUAUUUUAUUCAGGACUAUAGUUUGGGGAAACGUCGAAAAAUUUGAGGUAGAAUGCAAAUCGGGUGCGUCUAUGCUUCUAAAAAUCAUUUCCUACUGGAGUUCUCAAAAAAAAACCGCUCAUUUUAUGAUCCAAACUAACCCUAAUGACCCGGCCAAAACAUUAGGACAUUAUGUUAUAAACACAUUGUCUGUCAAAAAUUGUCACACACAAGUCAAAGAAACAGUUUUGGAAAUCGUGAAUUCUGCCCUUGCCAGCGAUCAAUUUGAAUCCCCGCUAUCCGCUCUGCAUUCGCAUUACGCUGACGCCGUCACACGUUAUGCCGCUUCAAAAAUUGACCUCUCCGCGAUGAUCGCCAAAUGCCCUUUAACGCUAGCCGAGAUUUCUGCCGUCCGUCUCGCUUCAGUCCGCGUUACGCAAUUAUCUCCUUCUCUUUUUGCUGAGACGAGUCUUGACCGCAUACGUCUUGCAGGGUGUCUCUUGGCAUUAGCGCUGAACCGCGCAGGAAUCUCCGAAGUUGAAACAAUUGAAACGCUAAGCGCGGUAAGGGCUCUCGUAGUUAGCGGACCAGUUUUAUCUAUAUUCACAACCGGCGCUGGGGAAGAUGUCGAACUAUUUGAAACCUUAUUUGCAAAUGUACCGCAGCUCUAUUACCGUUUACGAACCAUGGAAUCCCUUAUCCAUCUCAACAAUUUAAUGACCGAUAUAUCUAGCAUUAUUAAAGAUUUACAUCCAAAAUUUUCAGUUCUAUUAGACCAACUAGUUAAACUAAAUGCCUUUGACUGCUCACGUGGCCUGCCCCAAGACCGACCUAAUUAUGAUAUCCGAUCUGCCUCCAUUUCCUACUUCCACUCAGCUCUUCCUGAUCUUACCCCACCCGUCACCCUAUUUGCUGCUUGGAUACGCCUCGUUCUCGUGAACACCUGCUGUCGCGAACUCUCGUCUGCUAGACCCGACGCGGUUCUCCGCGAUGAAUGCCGUAAUCUCAUGUAUGCCCUUAUAAAAAUCUCUGGUGCGGAAGCAAUUCGCGAGAAAGUCAAGAAGGCUUUGGUACCCCUUAUUGCCGCUAAUCUAAAAUCGCUCAAUGAUAAUAUAUUUGAAAAUUUCGUUUUGUUGCUCGAAUCGCUUGUCAAAACAUACCCAGAAGAUCAUGCGUUUUCAUUUUUCGCUCUUUUAAUUGACCCUGAUGCAGAGAAAGAUUUUUUUAGCAAUAUUCGACACAUUCAGAUUCGUAACCGCGCUCGAGCCCUUAAACAGUUGUCGGAUGUUUUAGUAAGCUAUUACCAACCUGACCAGAUUUCCAAAAUAUCUGUCAAAACUCGUAAACUUUGUAAAAUCAUUGCAGAUCGUUUUCUGAUAACGCGAAGCGGUGAGAGCACGAAAUCGGAUAAUACGCGUACACUAACGGACAACGCUGUUGGCCUUUUAAAAGCCUUAUGCUAUCGAUCAGAACCCCGUGAGUUUUUAGCCCUUGUUGCGGUCUACACUCGCAAAAUGACGUGUGGGGAUGUGGCGGACCGCAAGCUAUAUGUCAAAAUAAUUAAAGCUCUGUUGGAUGCCGUUCCAUUCGAUUAUUCAAAGCCGCAGGAAUUUACCACUGGUAAAACUGAUUUAGAUUUAGAAGUGGGCCUUGAUUCACGUGCCGCGAUAUGCGAAAAGAUCAGCCGCGAUGUUAUACCAACGCUUUUCAAGAUUUUUGACGCCGAAGCGGAAUAUUAUCACAAAACUGUCGAUCCUCAUAAGAUUAACAAGGAGCUUAUUUUAAGAAUUCCUCUAGCCCUUCCCAUAUGUAAGUUCAUAAAAUGUUUACCAGAGGAUUCGAGUGUGAAUCAUUCUAUCACAAAUUUGAUAUAUAAACUCUGCAAUGCCUUGAAAUCCCGGGCUGAGAGUCUCCGUGAAGCUGCCUGUGAAACUUUGACCCAAACGGCCCUAUAUUUAUGCUCCAACAAGAUUGAUGGUGAUCGCUAUUUCCCGCUCCUCGUCGAAAAUCUUUCGUCCGUACUUGUAAAAGGUGGAGAGCAUCGGCGAUCUCUGAUCCGCGUGCUUCACGCCCUUCUUUCAGCUUUAGAUCGCGCUAACUUCUUGGAUGCCCUGACCGUCCAUUCUUCAACUAUAACCUCAUCCCUUGCACGCGUCAUAGAACUGUGUUCAGGUGAACUAUUUGGUGGCCACACUAUAGUAGCUGAAGAUCGAAACUCAGAGAGGACUUCGUUGCCUAAGCCUGCCCUCAAAAAAAUCAAUCCCGACGCACGGGCAUAUGAUGCCUUCCGUCUCGUAGCAAAGGCCAUUUUUUUGCCAAGAGAAGCUUCCGAAUCUAUGAUGGAUAUCACUGAUUCAACCCGUGGGGCUCGUAUGCUCUUAGGUCCAUUGGCACGUUUAGUCUCAAACAAGGCUCACGCCUCUGACGCUCGUAUUAUCACAAAAGUAAAACGCUGUCUUGAGUGCGUGAGGCGAGGUGCCGUUGAAGCCUCUUCUGUCACCCGUCCUGAGCUCGACUUGAUUUCUGGGCUCCUUACAGGAUCUUUCAUAGUUAAUUUGUUUGUUCAUACCACAAGCAAGCCACGCCCUGAAGCCCUCAAAAAGCGGCAUGCGGCCUCUCCUCUUUUUGACACUCCGGGUGCUCGCCCGCAAAGCUGUCUUGUAAUAACUUACCCAGCAGAUAGUCGUGAUCUCUUUAAACGGCGUGCUGCGAUUCCUAAUCCAUCUUCUAAUUCCAGGAUUCUGACGAGAGAUAAUACUGCUCUCGUCUCCUCUGCCAACCUCUACAUUUUCAUUGAGUUCGGACUUGGUCACUUGCUAUCGGUGUUAUCCACUUUAGAUUCCCCAUCCGCUUCUUGUGAGGGCAUGGUGGAUACUUUUGUUGCUCCUUUGAUUCCAAUCCUUGCUUCCCUUAUCGAUGAUCAUCGCACACGUACUGCUGUUCUAGCAUUGCGUUGUCUGACACGAGCAGCAAGCCGUUUUCAUAUGUCGCCCACCAUUGAAUCCACAUUUUCUGUUCAUGCUGAAUUUAUUCGUAAUCGAUUGUUUGCAUGCCUCUAUGAAUAUGGGAGUGUGAAUGUGAUGCGAGGGGACACGUACCAAUUGGUUGUUCAGUGUUUCAAGGCCCUUGCCGUGUUCGUUAAAAAGUUAAGAGGUGAUCCGCCUAGCCUCGGCCUAACCUCUGAACACUAUCGCAUUCUCCUCACUUCCCACCUUCUACUCGACGAUACGGGAGGUCAGGCUGGACUGGCCGAGGGGGGUGGACCCGAAAAGGCAGGCGCCAUUUUUGCCCUUCUCUCAGCACUUGUAGCACGCCGCGUCUCAUGCCCCGAGCUCAAACACGUUAUGGUAGGUGUAAGCCGCUUAGCAGUUCAAUCCGAACUGGAAGGCACGAGGACUCUGAGUCGCCAGAUCUACUUAAAGUACCUCGCUCUCUACUGUCGCUCUCGUUCAUUUUCUCUCGGAUCUCAUCUUGAUUUCCUAAUCUCCAACUUGGCAUAUCCUAUGGAAUGCGGGCGAGCCUCCGCCCUCCAAUUGAUCAUGACUCUCGUGACCCGCCUUCCAGCUCACAUCUUUACUUCCACCCCCUCAAAUUCUAAAAAAACCCGUGCUUCUAAUUCCGUUUCUGCACGCUUUUUAUUUCUCGCGCUUUCCUCUCGUCUUGCCGCAGAAACAAGUCCGAGAUGUGCGGACUUGAUACGCCUUUUACUUUUGACCCUUUUGAAAAAACUUGGACGGGCUAAAGAAGAGAAUAAUGGUAGUGCGAAUGACGUUUGUGAUGAUUUAUUGGGAAUCAGUAUCGAAUGGACUCACGACCGCAAAGAAAAUAGGAUCUCUCUCAGAACCCUUGGCACUCGCCUUCUCGGUAUUUUCUUCGAGGCCCAAACCCAUCCUCCUAACUCAGAUCUCUUAAAACAAGCUAAUCGUUAUCUUUCCUCAUCCCUGCUUGAUGCGUUACUUUUAGCUAUUCGCCUCGAAUCUGAAGAGGGACGUGAGAAUAGGUGUAACGUAAUGCGCUCAAUUAACGCCCGUGGAUAUAAUGGAUUAUUAGACAAUAAUAAUAAAACUGAUUUGGGGGAGAGAAAUGAGCCAAUCGCGAUAUGUUAUAGCGGAGAUUUAGGCGAACUUGAAGGGGAAAAAGGAAAUGGGUUAGUAGUAAAACCCACUGACGGUCAUUCUUGUUUAGAUCGCUGGAUAUAUUGCUUGCUAGAUACCAUGCAAAAAGUGGCCCCAUUCUUUCCUGAUCCGUUAAUGUUGGCAUUGGUUUACGGGAUCAAAAUGAAGGAACCACUAACUGACACCCAGUUCAUAUCCGGUAUACUAAAAGAAAUUUUAGAUGAAACGAACACCGAUUUUAGCGGUGUAGUGGCCCGUUGUCACUCCAACCUUGUUCUGCACCCUCACCAUUGGAUCCGGUCCCAGGUCGAUACACUCUUUCGUUCUGCCUUUGAGACAACCACAUCACCCUCUAACGUUUUCCAUGCUCUUCUUGCCCAAAGUUUUAAAGCCACUAAGCUGGUUGCUAAAAAUGGAACCGAGCUUUGUCGGUCCAUUCUUACCUCUCAAUCUAAUCCUUGCAAGAUAUUCGAACUGACAUACCAUUUCUUCUUACAUUUUAGAUCCCCAUUCCUGGACGAGGAGUUUUUGGAGACGCUGAUAGCUAAUCUCUCUUUCUUGGGCAAAAUCUUGGCUUUGCUUCACUUCACGUCAGAUUCAAACCUUAAAAUAACCUUUCACUCCCCCAACGAGUACUAUCGUUUCACUCGGUUUCCUCUCUCCUGGCUAGUUUUCAAAAUGAAUCGCGAAUUUUUGUAUGAAGCCAAAAAUAGCCCCAGGAUUUAUUUUAAACGAUUUGCCCUUCUCAAACUCGUUUGGAACAUUUUAUCGCCUUCGGGAUACUCAAUCGAUAUCUUAAAUAUAGAAAGUUUUUCCACGCAAACUUGCCAACUACCUGGCACGGUCUUAACAGAUGCUGUCUCGCCAAACCGGUCUACCUUAGAAACUAAGAAGUUUGAGCCUUGGUCUUUCCAUACCGCUCGAGUAUUCACUUUGAUCCUUAAUUGGCUUGAAAAAAUUGGCACGGCUAUCAUGAAUCGACCUCAAACAACCCUAAGUGACCCGGUUUUAGUAGCCUUGGCUGAUCUGGGCCCACGUUUGCACAUGGUUAUCAAGGUUCUAUUAGGACCUGGAAAUUACGAAAUCCUUUUGUCGGCUAUAAGGACUCAUAGUAGGGAGGUUAGACGAAAGCGCAAGAUAGAAAAGGCUACUUUGGUUUUCACGGAUCCUUUUGCCGCAGCUAAACGAAAACUCAAUAAAAAUAUCAAGAAAGGAAAAUCUAAAAAGAAGAAAAUGAUAAUAUGAUGAAUUUAAUUUUCGUUAACUCAAAACCGUUAAAUUUUGUUCCAA